AUGAACAUGAAGUUAGACGUAGACAAACAAGCAGCCCUCGACCUGCAUAAUCAAGCACAUCGCGAGGCACCCGGAGCACAACUGCUAGAUCUUGUGUGGGAUAACGAUUUGGCUGGCGAUGCCGAAGCCUGGGCUCUCCAAAUGGCCGUCACAGGCUACUUCAAGUAUUUCCCACAACGUGAGAACGGCGAGAACAUCGCAUACUUCGGGCCUGCUGGUAAUUGUAAUUACAUUGCAGCUACGCAAGCUUGGAUCGAGGAGAAACAGCUCUACCAUGGACAGGUGCUGACAGCUAAGCCGAGGCAUGAGGCAGAGGAAGACCAGCAGAAGCAGUGGGGGUCAUUACACGGCGAUUAUCUGACCAGAAGUGGCUAG